AUGUCUGGCCAUGUCAAGGGUGCUAAGCGCCAUAGGAAGAUACUGAGAGAUAAUGUCCAGGGUAUUACGAAGCUAGCUAUCCGCUGUUUGGCACGUCGUGGGGGUGUGAAGCGCAUUUCAGGUCUCAUUUACAAGGAGACUUGGAGAGUGCUCAAGGUGUUCCUAGCGAACGUGAUCCAAGAUGCCCUUACUUACACUGAGCACACGAAGCAGAAGACAGUGACUGCUAUGGACGUAGUUUAUGCACUGAAACGCCAAGGCCGUACUCUUUACGGAUUUGGAGGCUAA